CAAGUUAGCCAAAACUUGCACGCCUAAACACGAAGGCUGUUCCACUGUUGAAAAAAAGAGAGAGUACUGUUUGCUGUACGUUUCCAUCGAAGUCAGCCGAAUUAUCUGUCAUUUGCCACGUCAGUCUGUUUGUAUGUUCAUUUGCAUUUUCGUGUUUUAAAUUAAUAAUAUUUGGCCUGGCAAUAUCUACCUUUAGCUGUGCGUCUGUCAAAGUGGAUGUCGGCUAGUUGCAUGUCAUGAAACGAGACAGAUAAGACCAAUACAGGAGGCUAUGUCCUCAGUGGUAAUGUCGUUGGUAUAAUGGUCUUUUUUUCCCCAAUCCAAAAUAUAUCGAUAAGCUGCAUACAUGGUAAUGCUCACUGCCUUUUUUCUAUGGGAGGGUUCGCCGUGUCGUCACCAAAUGAUCACGUGGUGUCUUGGUUGGCAGAAAGCCUGUGGAAGUCAAGAGCCCACCACGAGUUAUCGGGUUAUUCACGCUUAUUUCCGGUAAUUAAUAAACGGUAGUGUCGUGUUGCGUUAUAGGCUGUACAUACAGCUUGUAAACGAAGGAUUCUUAGAGCUUUUACGGCAUCCCAAAGACUGUGAAGCUCAUUGAAAGCUUAAGUGCACCCACAUUAGGUCACACAACUGGAACGAUACUGAGCGACCAUGUUUGCUUUCGGCACUUUCGAUAGUAAUGCAAAUGUCAUCUUUGUGUGGCACCAGCAAUGGCGACCAAGAUACAGGUCAAAACUCAGCAGAAAAAGAGGACAAGGAGCAUCCUCGUGUACUAAUUCCAGAACUCUGCCGGCUCUUCUACCAGCUGGGAUGGGUGACUGGGACGGGCGGAGGAAUCAGUUUGAGAAGAGGAGAUCGCAUCUACAUUGCGCCUUCAGGGGUCCAGAAAGAGAGAAUACAGGAGCACAGGCUGUUAUCCACACACACUCCAAAGCUGCCGUCAUAGCAACCCUGCUGUAUCCUGGUAAGGAGUUCAGGAUAACACACCAGGAGAUGAUUAAGGGGAUCCGUAAAGGCACCACUGGCACUAACUAUCGCUAUGACGACACUCUGGUCGUGCCUAUUAUUGAGAAUACCCCAGAAGAGAAAGACUUGAAAGAUCGCAUGGCUCGGGCCAUGGAGGAGUACCCCGACUCGUGCGCUGUCCUUGUCCGCAGGCAUGGAGUGUAUGUGUGGGGCGAGUCAUGGGAAAAAGCCAAGACUAUGUGUGAAUGCUAUGACUACUUGUUUGACGUUGCUGUUCAGAUGAAGCAUUGUGGACUGGACCCUUCAGCUUUUCCUGUAGAAAAGAAAGGAAUAGUUUGACAUUUACCGGCACCUUUUAAAGAGACACUUGUUCAAGGAAGGUCAGCAAAGUUCAAACAGGGAGCAUAUUUUAAUCAUUUUCCUUUCAUGCCAGCCCUCUGCAAUUCUGACGAUGAUUGCGGAUUCAGAGUUGAAGGCCUCCUAUCCGAAGGACUUUGAGAGUACGGCUCUAAGCACUGGGAAUAAUCACCAUCUUUAGCAUUGACAUUCAGUUAAUCUGGAAUUGUGAUUUCUUGCAUUGACUUAAACUAACAAUAAAUGGAUAUGUAUUCCACAAGGGAAAAUAUUUUUAAAAUUUUCCACAAAUGUAAAAACCAAAACUGUCUGCCUCAUUGUGUUUUAAAUUAUGUUAAUACUAAAUCCAUCCAUCCAUCCAUCCAAUUUCUGAGCCGCUUCUCCUCACUAGGGUCGCGGGAGUGCUGGAGCCUAUGCCAGCUAUCAUUGGACAGGAGGCAGGGUACAUCCUGAACUGGUUUUCAGCCAAUCGCAGGGCACAUACAAACAAACAACCAUUCGUACUCACAGUCACACCCACGGGCAAUUUAGAGUCUCCAAUUAAUGCAUGUUUUUGGGAUGUGGGAGGAAACCGGAGUGCCCGGAGAAAACCCACGCAGGCACGGGGAGAACAUGCAAACUCCACACAGGCGGGGCUGGGGAUUGAACCCCGGACCUCAGAACUGUGAGGCAGACGCUCGAGGCAGACGCUCUAAACGGUCGGCCACCGUUGCGCCCUAAUACUAAAUCAUGUAUGUAAAAUUGAACAAAUAUCAUCUGACACAAAUUUAUUUUGAGAAUGGUUUCACACUAUAUGCCUAAUAAAGACCUGACACUACUAA